CGCACCAGAGCAGUGAGGACCCGACAGCAAGUGAAGCGCAGUGUGCUGGACUAACAUCAACCCGCGGCAAACUAACCGUGUUUUUAUCGGUCAGCACCGAGAGAAGAGAGAAAGCCGGAGGUUUUUUUAUUUUUUAUUUUUGUGUGUGUUACAUUUCCGUCUUAUUUUUCCCCCCAGCCACAAAAGGGAAUGCCAUCGAUAAACAUGAAACUGGAGAUGGUGACCAUCAUCGCCUGCGAGGUAGACACCGAGGUGUUUACGUCCGACAAAAUGCAGGAGAGGUUUGAGGCAUUGUUCAGGAUCUAUGAUGAACAGACGUCCUUCCAGAUGUUUAAAAGUUUCCGGAGAGUCCGGAUCAGCUUCAGCACCCCAGAGGCUGCUGCACGCGCUCGCAUAGAACUGCACGAGUCUGAGUUCAAUGGAAAGAAGCUCAAACUGUACUUUGCUCAGGUCCAGAACGGAGGUGAGGAUGUGGACAAGUCGUACCUGGCCCCUCCUCAACCUGUCAAACAGUUCCUGAUCUCGCCACCUGCAUCACCGCCUGUGGGCUGGAGCCAAAGUGAAGACGCUACGCCUGUCAUCAACUAUGAUUUGCUGUGUGCGGUGGCCAAGUUAGGACCAGGUGAGAAGUAUGAGCUCCAUGCGGGGACAGAGUCCACCCCCAGCGUGGUGGUCCAUGUCUGUGAGAGCGAGACGGAGGAGGAUGAGGAGGCACGGCCCAAGCAGAAGAUUGUCCAGACCAGACGUCCCGACGGGCCCCCCAAAGUCUUAAAUUAAAGAGACCCCUCCCCCCUUUUGCGCGGCCCCUGACCGCCCCUUUACCCGCAACACACCUGCCCUCUCUCUCUUGUCUCUGCACUCACAGAGAGCGUCGAUGCCCCUCAUUUCAGUUCAACUACAAGCAAAACAAACCAACAAACAUUGCUAGAAACGGUGUUUGUGGGGAGUGUGGUGAUGGAAUGAGGCGGCUGGAAAGGAAUGGAUGAGAAUCACACACACACUCAUCACAAUCUGUGGACGUUGAGGGGAGCGGUGGGCAUCCCUGCCUCCACCCCACCAACUCCCCUUGUUUUCAGCCAGAGGGGUAGAAAUACCUGUCACAACACAGGCACCUGUCACCUGUCUUACACACCCAGCUCUCUUCACUAGGUCCGCUAGGUUGCUAGUUCACCCAUUAGUUAGCUUGUUAGUCUUACCUCUCCUUCCAUUCGUCUCACUAGUUGUGUGUACUAGUUGUGUGGUAUGUGAAUACAUACCAUACCUCAAAUGAAAGACAUGCUUAUUUCAUUUCAUUGAGAUUAAUUGUGUUUUGUUUUUUUCUUUCUUCACAUUAUGUAUGUCUCCUCAUUUUUUUAUUUGUAUUUUUCCGUCCAUUUUCAUAUCGGCUGGUUUGUCGCUUCAGCUUGCGCAGCAUCAGGAUUGACAGUGUGAUGUACCUGCUCUUGUCUGCAUGUAUAUACUGUACUAAAAAAAAACAUACUCACAGAGACACAAAUACUAACCAGAUAUAUCAAGAAAAAGGAAACUAUUAACGUCACACACAGCACUGAGUGCCAUGUGUAACAAAAAGAUGUGGUGAUUUUUUUUUUUGCAUUGCUCUUCUUUUCUUUUUUUUUUGCUCUUUUUUUGCUUUCGUCUUUUUUAUUUGGAGAGGUGUCGUUUUUUGUUGUUUUUUUUUUUUGCUAAACUACUAGAUGUGUAUUCUUAAUAUGUAUUUGAUACCACAAACAGAUUUUGCAUGCUUAGUUACUUCUUGUGGUCGAGGAGCUGAGGUGUUUUAUACUGUCGUUCAUGGUGGCAGGGAGACGGUAUGCUUGCAGAUGCAUAGCCCCUCCCGCCCCCCCCCCCUGCAGGGGUUUGCUGUGUUGACACCCGAGGGAAAGUUCAGCCUUCUCAAUGUGACAGCAGAUGUGCAUCAGGUAGCUUUUGAUAGGAUAGGAAAGCUCGGUGACGGUUCAUCCCCCUCAUUGUCCUUAAGGGGUUUGGGAUGAUUUUUGUGUGUUUGUUUGUUUUCUUUCUUCUCUUUUCCCCAAUCGAUGUUCGUUGAACACUGAAAUCUCUAUGAUAAAGUCUCUGCAAUGUUGUUUUAUCAAUCUGGUCUCUUUAUGUCAGGUUGUCUUCUGAAACCUACUACUGCUUGUUUUGCACUGAAUAUCUCUUGA